AUGUCCCUCCUCACUCCGCCAUUGCGGCCCGCCCUCUUCCCUCCGCCCUGUUAUCCCGCCGCAAAACUCAUCCGCCUCUCCAGACCCCCCUCUCCCCCCCCCACAUCCCACUCUCCUCGCCAUGCCUCCACAAACACGUCAUCCUCACCCCCUAAGCAACGAACAUGGCUACGAAUCACCCUAGUCACCGCCCUCGCUGCCGCCAUCGGUGCCUACAUGCGUUACCAACAAGACUCCUCCACCGCAACCUUAAACCCCUCCACGUUCACAGAGUACGAGCUCGUCUUCAAAACCCCCGUCUCAUCGACAAGCAGCAUAUUCACCCUACGCCCCGUGAAGAGCGGGCACAGCAGUGCCGUGCACAAAGAAGCCUGGCAGCGGGGCCUGUGGAGCGUGCAGUUCAAACAGCCACAGCUGCAGAUCGGGAGAGAUUAUACGCCCUUGCCGCCCACCUUUUCUCAAUCGGAGAAGUCGGAUAAUGGCGAAAUGACCGGCGACAGUGCCCUGCGCUUUCUGAUUCGCAGAGAUCCACACGGAGAGGUGUCCGGAUAUCUACAUAACCUGCCUACGGGCGCAAGGGUGGAUGUCCGCGGCCCGCGGCUGGAGUAUGCACUUCCGGCUGACGUGGAGGAGAUUCUGUUCAUUGCGGGUGGGACGGGGAUUGCGCCGGGCCUUCAGGCUGCAUACACCUUGUUUAGGAAAAAGCGACGACCAGAAUCGUCGGCGAGGAUGCAUAUAUUGUGGGCUAAUCGACGGAGGGAGGAUUGUCUGGGCGGCGUCGGCGAUAGCAGUUCUGCUCGGCCAGCUCCUGGGUCGUCGAACUCGUGGUGGAAGCGGAUUUUCAGCAGCAGCAGCAGCAGCAGUAACCCUGUCGCCGCCGAAGAUGCUGUGCCUAGGGAACGGGACAAUACAGAGAACAGCGCUAGGAAAAGCAUUACGGUGCGGCAUCUUGAAGAGCUGAAGGCGAAGCAUCCUGGCCUGCUUACGGUGGAUUAUUUCGUGGAUGAAGAGGGGUCUUCGAUUGGGAAGGAGUCUAUUUUGGAUUUUACGAAAUCGGGAAAAGUUGCAGAGGGAGCCUCGCGGACGGAAACGAGUGCUAGGCGGGGGAAGAGGGUCAUUCUCAUAUCCGGUCCCGACGGGUUUAUAAGCUACCUGGCUGGUCCGAAGGUGUGGAGUGGCGGACAAGAAUUGCAAGGCCCGCUGCAGGGUAUUAUACGCCAGCUUGACUUGAAGGAUUGGUCUGUAUGGAAGUUGUGA